UAGGACCUGCCGACGCCAUCUUGGUUUUUCCUCCCUGUAGUCCAGCCCCUCUGAAUUGUCUGCGCAGGGUCGCAGAGGCGUGUUGUUGUUUUCAAAACGGCAGAUGUAAUGACUGGCGGGACCGAGUUCCACAAAACCUACACUAAUAACACGGACCCCGAACGAAUGGACGUGGACAUGGAUUCAAGUCAUCUGGAGAACGAGCGGGGGGAACUGGACGGCGGUAUCCCGGCUGCGUGCUCCUACGGCAGCGGCGGGGAGGAGGACGAGGCGGAGGCCUGUGGCCGUCUGAGGGGCGGGGGCUCGAGUAGUCAGCACAUCCCGGAUAUGGGGGUGUUCUGCGGGGGAAGGGAGCAGGAGGUGUCGGUGGAAAUUGGAGAGACGUAUUUAUGUCAACGAGCUGACAAGUCAUGGCACACAGCAGAGGUGAUUCAGUCCCGGCUGAAUGAACAGGAGGGCAGAGAGGAGUUUUAUGUGCACUAUGUAGGAUGUGACAACCGGCGCCUGGACGAGUGGGGUAAAGCUCGCCUCGCCCUCACCAAGACGGUGAAGGACGCGGUGAGGAAGAGCACGGAGAUCGGAAGCGUGGGAGAUUUAGGCGAGCAGCCGGAGAGGAAGAUCACUCGCAACCAGAAGCGCAAACAUGACGAGAUCAACCACGUGCAGAAGGUUAGAGGCGUACGUACGCAGAUGGACCCAACGACGGCUGCGUUAGAGAAGGAGCACGAGGCGAUCACAAAAGUUAAAUACGUGGAUAAUCAGAUAGGGAACUUUGAGAUCGAUGCCUGGUACUUCUCGCUUCCUGAGGACUAUGGGAAGCAGCCGAAGCUGUGGAUCUGCGAGUACUGCCUUAAAUACAUGAAGUACGAGAAGACCUUCAGACAUCACCUGUCUCACUGUCAGUGGAAGCAGCCGUCCGGCAAAGAAAUCUACAGAAGAAGCAACAUAUCGGUGUAUGAGGUAGAUGGGCGGGACCACAAGAUCUACUGUCAGAACCUUUGUCUACUAGCAAAACUCCUCGACCACAAGACGCUCUACUUCGACGUGGAGCCGUUCAUCUUCUACAUCCUGACUGAAGUCAACAAACAGGGGGCGCACAUCGUCGGCUACUUCUCCAAAGAGAAAGAGUCACCAGACGGGAACAACGUGGCGUGUAUCCUCACACUGCCACCGUACCAACGCAGAGGCUACGGGAAGUUCCUCAUCGCUUUUAGUUAUGAACUGUCUAAGUUAGAGGGUUCAGUCGGCUCUCCAGAGAAGCCUCUGUCAGAUCUGGGGAAGCUGAGCUACAGGAGUUACUGGUCGUGGGUCCUGCUGGAGAUCUUGAGGGACUUCAGAGGAACGCUGUCGAUCAAAGACCUCAGCCAGAUGACGAGCAUCACACAGAGCGACAUCAUCAGCACGCUGCAGUCACUCAACAUGGUGAAGUACUGGAAGGGUCAGCAUGUUAUCUGUGUCACACCCAAACUGGUGGAGGAGCAUCUAAAGAGCGCACAGUACAAGAAACCCCCGAUCACAGUGGACACGAUGUGUCUGAAGUGGGCGCCCCCGAAAAACAAACAAGCCAAGCUGUCCAAGAAGUGAGAGGAGGAGGAGUCCCCCGUCCAUCCGUCUGUUUUUAUAACAUCUCCAUCUCCAUACACUCUGCUGUAAUGAAAACUUUAUGUACAUAGCUGUUGGUAGCAUCUGUCUGUAUUUUCUUAAAUAUAUUUCAAAAAAUCUCUCA